UUAACUCCUUUUUGCACUCCCUACUGGCGUCCGGAAUUAUAUAGCAUAGCAUAUGUUUUGUUAAGUUGCGAUGUGGUCCAUCGUCUAUCGUCUCUUCUUCAUUUGACACUCCCUUCUACCUUAACUGUUAAUGCGUGCUCAGCAAACAAAAUGGGGGCCUGUUGGGGGCCGCGAUGAGGGCCGCCGUGACCGCCUUGCUAUCUGCGCCUGAGCUGGACACCACGAUGAACAAGCCGGACUUCCAUCAGACCUUGGACGUGCACCGGACACUGCUUGUCCUCCUCAAGCCGAUAGGCAAGCAGUUGAAGGGCAGCGUCUUCAGCAGACUGUCGGACCAAGUUCAAAAAGCUGUGCAAGGCCUGAAGCUGACGGACUCGCUGGGUCGUGAGCGUCCGGUUAACGUUCGACUGGUGAACGAGUACGAGCCCUCUCAGAACGACUGGGGCGACUUUCAAACUCACCGCAAACUGCUGGGUUUGCUGACAGUGUCUCAUGUUACCAGUCAAACGGAGCUCAAUGAGAUUUGCAGACAACACGAGUCUUUAAAGGUGAAAUAUUCGUCGACGUUGUUUGACUCGAGAUGCUUGAUUCUGGGCCUGAAUCAAGAAGGCCAUCUGCAGCGCAGUCCCUCGAUUAAUCUUCGCUCAACAGCCAGUUCUCCUUACUCAGAGUCCCCAUACUUGUCACCAGAAGACCUUUCUCACAGCAGUGACAGUUCCGUUCCUACUUCAACCAACCACUCAUCGGUCGAAGACUCGUGCUCCGACGCAACGUCGGUUGCCGACAGCACGCUUACCUCCCCUGCAUCUCCAACGCCACCUUUAGACGAUCUUAGUGUGGCUGAAGCUAUUCCCGUUGCUCUGACCAUUCCAUCCAACUUCAAAGCUCGAGCGCUCUACUAUGUUGACGAGGAAGCAGCCAGCCGACCUUUUUCAGCAAAUGAGCCGUGUCUCUUAGACUGCGAUAUUAGAGAAUUUGUUUCGUCGCUUUUCUGGGUACUGGAGCACAAGAGGCUUGAGAGGAGUCGAGAAAAGUUAGAUAAAGUGACCUUGCUGUUAGCACCAUUUGAGAAAAAGGACAUCAUUGGACUCGACUUGGAAUCUCGAGCAAAUAAAAGAAAGAGCGUCGGCCGAGGAACAAAACACCUGGCUGAUCUCACGUUGCAAGCAGGGCUACCCUCUGAAGCAUCCGCUCAUUACUCGGCAGCCAUUGACGUGCUCAAAAGUGCAAAUGACUGGCUUUGGCUUGGAGGCUCUUAUGAAGGACUGUGUGCAGCCUCUCUUGCAUUGCUCAGACAACAAAAUGGUAUAAAAAAUGGUGCAACACCACUGGAGUUGCAACAUUGUUUAUCACCCGAUGAAAUUUGCAAAAGAUACAGAGAAGCCAUCACACACUACAGCAAAUACUUGAAUGCUGCUGUGUUGGAAACAGAAGCGUGUUUCAAGGCAGCCAGAGUAGCCUUUCUACACAAAAAGAAGCUUCAAGCAUCCAGCUUUUUGCAAAAUGUGCUUCUCAUUAACUUGAAUCUUACGGAGGAGCACAAGAUCGAUAGAUUCCUGGCCAUUGCAGAGCUUUACCAAUCUCUGGGCUUUCUCAGGAAAGCAUCGUUUUUCAAGAGAUUGGCCGGAAUGAGACACGUUUCGGCUCAAAAUGAAGAUCCAAACUGGUCCCAAUGCUACCAGCUGCUGAUUCAAGCUCUUGCUGGCCUCAAACUAUCUCUUGACCCUAAGGAAAUGAUUACAGUUAUCCACAAGGGGUGGCCGGUUCUACAAAUUCAGCUUCUCCAUGAGUUAGUCGCCGCAUCAAAAAGGAUGGGGUCAAAUCAAAUUGCUGUGCGGCACUUGACGUUUCUCCUGCACGCCAUGUGGCCCCAUUUGAAAAUGCAGGAGAGGAAAGACAUUGCCCUCCAGCUGCAGGCAGCUGCAAGCCAGGAAGAGGGAUCACCAGUUGCCUUAGUUCUUCCCGAGACUGGGUUGAUCCUUCCUCCAGCUAAUCUAAUCCACUUACCUCACAUCAGCACAUUCAAGCCCUGCCCGUUAAUAGCCUCCUUAAGGCCACAAAAGAUCCAAAUAGCCAAGGUGGAGACUGGUCCGUUUCUUUUUACUCCGCUCAAAUUCGGCUCCCUAGAUAGGAGCAAGGAAGCCAACUCAACGAAUGGCCAGACUAAACUAGAUUUCCUAUGGGUAGAGGGAGAUGUCUGUGAAGUACAAGUAAUUUUAGAGAAUCAUCUGCCCAUAGAGCUUAAAGUAGUUGAUGUGAGAAUUUUAACUGGCGGAACAGUUUUCGAAAGUAGUCCGUCCACUCUGGUUCUGCCACCUUUUACGGCGCCUGACACAGAGUCCCUCUCUUCGUUGAGCUCCUCUUUAAAUACCGUCGAAACCAGUGCCCUCCAGGUCAGCCUGGCGGGAAUUCCAAGAGCGCCUGGUACUCUCAACAUUAUAGGAUACUCAACUCACGUCCUUGGCGUCAAGUCAAUUUGUCUCCUGGGUGAUCUAAACCAUUUGCAUGGACAAAGUCAAUUCACCGUUGAAGUAGUGCCGGCCAUGCCUCAAUUACAAAUAUCAACAACCCUGCCAAAAAUUGUUAACUCAAGCCAGUACAGAGAUGCUGCAACGUCUGGAAUAUUGUCCGUUUACGCUGGAGAAAAACAAGAAGUUGUGGUUACUCUGACAAAUAUUCUCACUGACCUUAAAGUCUCAAUGCUGAGCGUGCAACCCUGGUCCAAACUAGAUCUAGCGUCGGAGAAAGAGAUUUUUGGCACUUGGGAUAACAAGCCUCUUGAGAUUCUUUUGCCAAUUGAUGUCGGCAAGCAAGUCAAAUUCUCCCUACACAUUUAUGGGAAAGCUCAAUUUUUUGCACCUCCAGCAGAUGAUACAGUGUCAUUGGCAUCAACUGCUGUCUCAAGCUCUCUUAAUAUGUCGAUUAACUCCUCCAAAGCAUCUUUGGAGUUUCCGUCGAAGCCAGAACAAGCAAAACCAAGCACCAUUGAAGGCAGCUUCAGAAUUCGCUACUCUGGAGGACCAGGGUUUGAUGCUGGGUACUGCAGGUCCGCCGAACUUGCUUUACAAAUUAUUGUUCAGCCAUCUCUGCAGAUUGUCAAAUGGGACGUACUUGCGGCAGAAACGCCCUCGGAAUUUUAUCUUGUUUUGGACAUUAUAAAUCAGACUCAGCAAGAGGCUGAGCUUUGUUAUGCUGUUGGAAGGACCAUUCUCGUUGAGGGUGAUGAAUUUUGUCGAGUUCCAGUGCCACUACCAAAGUGUCCUCUAAAUAUACUCUCAGAGCUCUACGCUCGUGAAAAAGAGGAAGUGACUGCAGAAGUUAAAGCGGUGUGCAGUAAACAUGUCGCGGACAACGCUCAGCUCAAGUGGACAUUGGCGGACGGACGAAAGGGCCAGUUGAAACUGGAUGGCAUUAAACUGUCCGAGUCUAUGCUUGACACAAUUAAAGCCUCUCCGUUGGACUGGGUCCUGAGUGUGGACGGCAACAUAGUUCGAUGCGAGGAAGAAUUCACUUGCAAAGCUGGACAGCCCCUUGUAAUAUCAGUUAAGCUAACAAACAGGCUUUCUUUCCCCUUGGAAAAUGUGACCCUGAGCAUAUCAAUAUACCAGGACUACCAGAAUGGAACUCGUAACUACAGAUUGGACACCAGGGUUGCCAUUGCAGGAGCAAGCACCAUUCUCCUCGGACAGCUCGAUGAAGCUCAACCAGUCGAACAUUCUUGCGCAUUGGUGUUUUUUACACCGGGGCUGUUUAAGGCUGACAUCCAAUGCUGCCGUGUAGGUGGUACUUGCAGUACAACCAGCACCUGGAAGCUGAGUCCGAUUCCCCAGUUCUGCGUAGUGGAUUGAGACAAGUUAUUGCAUCCUUAGUGAUAUAAACCUUAUCACAUUUAUUUUUCCUCAAAGUCGAUCGUGUUUGUGGACAACUCUGUGCCAUUUGAACUCAUGAGAAGUUGCCACUGCCGAUUGGACCAGUGAUAUUUUUGUUAUACUAUUAUACUGUUGUACUGCAGUUAUAUUGCAUACAAAACAUGAUUAAGAUGUUGAGAUGGUCUGUCAAUAUGUAUAAUGCAACUAAGUUGUUGUGUAAUAUGUAUAAUCACAGUUCUGGAUAAAUAAAAUACCCAAAUUAUGCUGUUAUAA